UGUGUGUAUGAGAGAGAGUGUGUGUGGGGAUGAUGCUGUGUGCAUGAGAGAGAGGAAGAGAGAGAGAGUUGGAUGAGACGGUGGGCACUCUCUGCAAGGAGGCAGGUCCAGGAUACAUACUCGUGCAUACACACUCGCUCACACUCGCAUCACACUCAUAUACACACACACGCGUCAGACAAAGAAGCACCGGGGUCCCGGGGGAUGGGGCUCAGCACGGGGCCGACAGGAGCUCGCACUGCCCCGCAGAAGAGCUUGCGUAGAGUGUGCCAGCGGGGCAGCCGUGGGUCAAAAGUGAGGCGUCGGGGUGGCACCAUGGAGGGGGAGCAGGGUCCUCCUGCCUCCAGUGCCGGCAGCACGGGCACCUCCAGCUCUUCCACCAACUCCAACCCUCAUCCUACAACCACCAGCGCCACCACCACCCUCAACAUACCCAACACUACCAACACCCCCAACAGCAGCAGCAGUGCCAGCUUAGCCAGCAGCACCAGCAGCAGCAGACAGACCGUGCCACAGAUAUCUGUGUAUAGUGGGAUACCUGACCGACAGACUGUGCAGGUGAUCCAGCAGGCCUUGCACAGGCAACCCAGCACUGCGGCGCAGUACCUGCAGCAGAUGUAUGCGGCACAGCAGCAGCAUCUAAUGCUGCAGACGGCAGCACUGCAACAGCAGCACCUCAGCACGGCACAGCUACAGAGCCUAGCAGCUGUGCAGCAGGCCAGUAUAGCUGCUGGUAGACAGAACUCUACACAGAAUGGCACCUCAUCCACCCAGAGUGGAUCAUCACAGACUACAAUUAAUCUUACUACGUCUCCUGCGACUGCUCAGUUAAUAAGUCGCGCCCAGAGUGUAAACUCCAACCCUUCCGGGAUCUCGCAACAGGCAGUACUGCUGGGCAAUGCCUCCAGCCCCACCCUCACUGCCAGCCAAGCCCAGAUGUACUUGCGUGCUCAGAUGGCUCAGCAAAGUAACCUGGUGCAUGUAGCCCGGAGUCUCGGCAGAGCUGUUCCUCUCUCCUCCCAGCUCAUUCUCGCUCCUACAGCUACUGUUACUGCUCUACAAUCAGACAACAAUACAAACAGUAAUGCACAGUCUGCAUCGGCACAGGUACAGAAUCUUGCUCUGCGCAGCCAGCAGGGGGCAUCGUCCUCUACUCAGUCCACUGGCCUGCAGGCCCUGAGCCUGAAGCAAACGCCAGUCUCCAUCCAGCCCACCCCACUCAUCAAACACCCCAACCAGGUUUCCACCAGCUCUGGAACCACCACAGGGAAGGGUGUGCUACCUGCAGCCCAUGGGGAUGUAGGAAAAAAGCAAGAGAGUGGAGAAGAGAUAGAGGCCAAGGCAGUGAACAUGAGCCGCAGUGUCACGUCCUCUCAUCCCCUCAUCGCACCAGCUUACACCCAGAUUCAACCCCAAGCCUUGAUCAAGCAGCAGCCACAACAGUUUGUCAUUCAGUCCCAAGCUCAGCCCACUUCACGAAUACAGACCUUAUUACAAACAGCCUCCAUCCAACCACACGCACAAGCUGCCUCACUGGCCAUCCAGAGCUCCACUCAGACCUCUUCUGGACACAUCCAUGUCUUGCCCAAACCUCCCAUGCACAACCAGGGAACAACACCUAGCCAACAGGCCACCAUCUUUCACUCCACAGUGAGCCAGCAUGGAGCCCAGUCUGGCUUGGGUCAGCCCAAACCUCAGCCUGUCCAGCUAACGGCCAUCAACCUGCAGAUUCAGCCUGCACACAGCCAGGCUGCCAGACUUGCUCAGGACAAUAAGGACAAUAGUAAACCCACGUCUCUGGUAAUGAGAGAGAUCUGCCCACCAUUGGUCCCACAGGCCCCCACACCUACCCCAUCCCAAGACACCAGUCCUCCAGAGCCUCCCAAAGCCGACACAGGAAAUACCACAAAUCAAACACAAGGCUCGGCGGAGGCGGGGACGGAGAGCGAGGCGAUCAUGACGUCAGGGGCGGAGAGCGCGCGGCCGGGCAGCGCGGAGAGCAGGCCGCCGCAGGCCGUGGUGAAGCCGCACGUGCUCACGCACGUCAUCGAGGGUUUCGUCAUCCAGGAGGGCGCGGAGCCGUUUCCCGUGGAGCGGCCUCCGACUGACAGCCUUAAAAAAGCAGAGCAGCAGGUGCCCUCGGACCCAGAUAAGACCCCACUCAGCAACGCACCCAACACUACUGACUCUGAGCCUGAGGAACCUGUGCAGCAAGAUGUGGGAGUCAGGGACGAGGAGGACCAAGACGAGCCCAAGCUGACAUGCGAGUUGUGUGGAUGGGUCAACUACGCCUAUAAGUUUAAAGGCUCCAAGCGCUUCUGCUCGAUGGUGUGCGCAAAAAGGUACAAUGUAGGGUGCUCAAAACGGAUUGGACUGUUCCACCCUGACCGGAGCAAAACAGCCAAUCGGUGGAAACGAAGGUCACACAGUCGAGGUCGCAGAAGCACAGAGGCAAAGAAACAGAAGCUGUCCGUGUCUCAGCAGUCUCAGGGAGAGUCCGUGUCCUCACCGCUCCCAUCCCAGCCCAGUCAGGGGGAGUCCAGCCCCUGCUCAGACAUCUCCAGCUAUGAGGAACCCCCCUCUCCACUGUCAGCUGCAAGCUCUGGCCCAGUGGGGCCACCUCGAGGUGUCACUACUCCAGAACCAGAAGAGCUUCCUCUGCUCAGCCAGCACUUUGUGCCAUGUGACCCCACUAAGUGGAAUGUGCAGGAAGUGUUUGAGUUCAUCCGCUCUCUGCCAGGCUGUCAGGAGAUUGCAGAUGAGUUUCGUUCUCAGGAGAUUGAUGGGCAGGCCAUGCUGCUAUUGAAGGAGGACCACCUAAUGAGCGCCAUGAAUAUCAAACUGGGUCCAGCACUCAAGAUCUUUGCCCGCAUUAAUAUGCUGAAAGACUCCUAGCCUUUGCUGGCUGUGUGUGAGAGGGAGUAUGUGUGUGUGUGAAUGUGAGUAUGAGAGUGUGUGUGUACGAAAGUGUUCUUUUUCUAAACUUGACCUAAUGGAUACAAAUGCACUACAAUGUUUUUAAACUCCCUUCUGGCACAGUGUGUAUAUUCACCUCCACAAGGUUGAGAAAUGAAAGUAAAUAAUGACUCUUAUGGAUAUUUCGUAUUUAAAAAAUGGCACAAAUAGUGAUACCCAUUGAUAUGGUGGGUGUCUGUACCUUAUAGAAGACAAUUGGAUUUAAAAUAUACCUUAAGCUACAGUGUAUCUGCAGUUAUUGGGUCAGAAAUAAGAUGGUUUACAGAUGGAUCAAGUUCCAAACUUUCAGAUCCAACCCAAGCAUGAAGACUUCAGUCUAACCUGUGCUGAUAUUAGAAGACAUUUUGUAAUUUUAUACUUUGGCCCAGGUUUUGUCUUUUGGCAGUUUGCAGUUGUAUAUUAUUGUUUAUUUCAGAUAUUAUUUUUUUCUUUUUGUACAUGCCUGAUUAUUUUGUAUAAUUAUGUUAAAGUAAAUUAUUCAUCUGUGUGUGUGCGUGCGUGCGUGUGUGUGUGUGUGUGCGUGCGUGUGCAUGAGUGAAAGAAAGAGAGUAUUUCAAAGCUAAACCACAAAACUAAGCUAAACUGUCAAGUUUAUGGGUGUAAUUAAAUAUCAAACAAGGCAUUCCAUUAAGUUCAGUAUAUCAGUUCCACAGUUGAAAAGCUAUCAGUUUGUUAUCUCUCUUUUCAACAAUGUCUAUUGGGUUAUUCUUCUUAGGAAUAAUUUUGUUUCAGUGCAAAGUACAGUUCAAACCCCCCUCAGUGAAAUCUUGCAGUUUUGUUUGGCAUUUGGAAUGAUUGAGUGUGAUUUUAUACAUGUUCAGUGUAUGUUGCUAGACAGGAAUGUGAUUACGUCUUGUGUUUUUGUUGAGUACACUUUGUGAAAUGCCUGUAUUUAUCUGAUGCAUUCAAUUUGUUAUAUAACAUUUUUAAUAAGAAAAAAAUGCUCCUGUUUCA